AAGACACGUGUCGAGCACAUUCUACCUUCGUGCAGCAAGGGAGGAAAUUUUCGCAGUUCAGUCUUUGACAAAUAGUAAAUUUUUCAUCAAAAUGUCGAGACCCAGAGUAUACUUCGACAUGUCUCUCAGCGGAACUCCUGCUGGACGUGUUGUGAUGGAGCUUAGGGCUGAUGUUGUUCCAAAAACUGCAGAAAAUUUCCGAGCCUUGUGCACUGGAGAGAAAGGAUUUGGAUACAAAGGGUCUUCAUUCCACCGUGUUAUUCCUGGCUUUAUGUGUCAGGGAGGUGACUUCACACGAGGAAAUGGAACUGGUGGAAAGUCAAUCUAYGGAGAAAAGUUUGCUGAUGAGAACUUCAGCCUGAAGCACACAGGACCAGGUAUCCUUUCCAUGGCCAAUGCUGGACCAAACACCAAUGGUUCGCAGUUUUUCAUCUGUACUGCAAAGACAACCUGGCUGGAUAACAAGCACGUUGUCUUUGGGUCGGUUGUUGAAGGAAUGGAUGUUAUUMAGAAGAUUGAAGGUGUUGGCAGCGAUUCAGGAAAAACAAGCAAGAAAGUUGUCAUUGAUAACUGUGGACAGCUUUGAUUUCCCAACCUUGUUUCAUGCAAUAAUAGUCAUUUUGUAACAGCCAUGAUAGAUACAGUACUUUUUUUUAUUGUAUUUGUUUUGACGUAUCACUAACUCUUUACUCCUUACUUUUAAGAAAUCAUUAAGAUAAAAAAAUCAUUGUUACAUGUAGUCACAAAUAUACAAAGUUUUGAUGUAUAUUUUCAAGGCUCGUACAAUAAUUCGUAAAAGCACUGCUUGCUAAAAUAAGAUUGUAACGCAGGACACUCAACUUAAUGAACUAUUAAAAAAUGUCAACUAAUAUAA